UGUCCCUCGUCUCUUGCCGUAGCGAGAGAUAGGAAGUUCCUGUGAGAGUAUCUUAGAGUUCCGGGACAGAGCCGGUACCAUGUGGGAGCCGCUCUGAAGAGUUGUUAGCCGUCGAGUCCUGCCGAUAUUCCGAGUUCAGGCCGGUGUGUCGAGACAGCCGCCCGUGCGCGAGAUGACAUCCUUAGCCCAGCAGCUCCAGCGACUCGCCCUCCCUCAGACUGAUCCCAGCCUUCUGUCUAGACAUGAAGUUGCCUCUCUGUUGUUUGACCCCAAGGAGGCGGCCACAAUCGACAGGGACACCGCCUUUGCCAUCGGAUGCACUGGCCUGGAGGAGCUUCUUGGAAUUGACCCUGCCUUUGAACAGUUUGAAGCACCUCUUUUCAGCCAGCUAGCAAAAACCUUGGAGCGCAGCGUUCAGACCAAAGCAGUGAACAAACAGCUGGAUGAAAACAUUUCGCUGUUUCUCAUUCACUUGUCUCCUUAUUUUCUGCUUAAGCCGGCACAGAAGUGUCUGGAAUGGUUGAUUCGCAGGUUCCACAUCCAUCUUUACAAUCCAGAUAGUCUCAUUGGUUGUGUUCUGCCAUACCAUGAGACACGGGUAUUUGUGCGGGUGAUACAGCUUCUAAAAAUUAGUAAUCCAAAGAACAAGUGGUUUUGGCUGUCUCCUGUUAAGCGAUCUGGAGUGCCUUUAGCUAGAGGAACUCUGGUCACCCAUUGCUACAAAGACCUUGGAUUCAUGGAUUUCAUUUGCAGUCUAGUAACCAGAUCUGUGAAGGCUUUCGCUGAGUAUCCAGGAAGCUCAGCACAGUUGAGGGUGAUCUUGGCCUUCUAUGCUUCUACCAUUGUAUCUGCUCUAGUGGCUGCUGAAAACCUGUCUGACAAUGUCGUUGCCAAACUGUUUCCGUACAUCCAAAAGGGGUUGAAAUCAUCUUUACCAGAUUAUAGAGCUGCCACAUACAUGAUAAUAUGUCAGAUUUCUGUGAAAGUAACGAUGGAAGAUACCUUUGUGAACUCACUGGCAUCCCAGCUCAUCAGAACAUUGACCAAAGUUCCUUCUCAAGUCAAGGAUGGAUUAGGUUGCCUGAUAAUUCUCUUACAGCGUCAGAAGCCAGAGAGCCUUGGGAAAAAGCCAUUUCCUCACUUGUGUAGUGUUCCAGAUCUUAUAGUGCUACUUCACGGGAUCUCUGAAAGGUAUGAUGUGAGCCCUCUUCUGCGCUACAUGCUUCCCCAUCUGGUUGCCUCUGUUGUUCAGCACAUUGCAGGAGAAGAAACUGAAGAGAUUGAUGGUCAGAUCUACAAGAAACAUUUAGAAGCAAUACUUACAAAAAUACCUCUGACAAACAACUUAGACCACCUACUGGCUAGCCUUCUUUUUGAAGAAUACAUUUCAUAUAGUUCCCGGGAGGAAACCCACGCUAAUGGAGUGGCUUUGCUUAAUGAGCAGUUUCUUCCGCUCAUCAGGCUUUUAGAAAGCAAAUACCCCAGAACAUUGGAUGUUGUAUUAGAGGAACACCUGAAAGAAAUUACAGGCCUUAAAAAGCAGGAGCUUUUCCACCAGUUUAUUUCUCUUUCAACAAGUGGAGGAAAGUAUCAGUUUUUAGAGGACUCUGACACCUCUUUGAUGCUGAGUUUGAAUCAUCCACUGGCUCCUGUGAGACUUCUGGCCAUUAAUCACCUGAAGAAUAUCAUGAAAACAUCAAAGGAGGGCAUUGAUGAGACUUUCAUUAAGGAAGCUAUUCUAACCCGAUUAGGCGAUGAUAAUCUGGAUGUCGUUUUGUCGGCUCUGAGUGCUUUUGAGAUUUUUCAGCAACACUUCAGUGUAGAAGAGACUGUUUCAAAUAUUCUGAAUCUCUUUAAAAGAGCAGACCUUUCAAAGAACAAGGGGUGGUACCGGGUGCUUGAGUUAGCAGCAAACAUCCUAACUAAAGAAGAAAUACUGAGUAAAAAUGACCAGUUGUCAAAUCAGGUGGUUGUCCAGUUGCUGCCUUUUAUGGUCAUUACUAAUAAUGACAUAGAGUCUCUUGAUAUGAAACUUGCUAUACAUUUGUCAAAAUCAGGAGUUUGCUCUCUUCAUCCUCUAUUAAGAGGCUGGAAAGAAGCUCUUGAAAAUGUUAUUAAAAACAGAGAGUUGAAAGAAAUAAUUGGUGUAGGAAAUCAGAAGAUGGUUCAGUUGCUGGCUGGCAAUCUGAGUUCCGGAGACCGCUCCUCAAUGUUGAAGCUGGUGGAAGCUUUAGUACAUGCUGGGGAAAAGGAGUCCUACAACCUGAAGCAGAAAGUGGCAUUUCACGUGAUUGUGUCUGUGCUUAUCUCUUGCUGUUCAUCCUUCAGAGAAACCUGCUUCCCAUUUGCUAUUCGGGUGUUCAGCUUGUUACAGAAAAAAAUAAAGAAGCUCAAAAGCAUCAUUACUGCUGUGGAAAUCCCCUCAGAGUGGCAUCUGGAAUUGAUGUUGAACAGAGGACUGCCAGAGGAGCUGUGGGUGCAUUAUGUACAGCAGCUCCACAGUGCCCAAAGAGUGGCUAUGGAGGACUCCGUUUUACUUGUGUUUUCCCUGAAAUGUUUUAUUUUUGCACUGAAGUCUCCAAAAUCUUUUCCUACAGGUGCCACGUGGUGGAAUCCCGAGCAGCUGGAUGAGGACAGCAGGCACUACCUACACUUGCUCAUUGGCAUCUUUGAAAUGCUGCUUGAGGUGUCUGAGGCCAUGCAUUUCAGGGUUCUGAUGAGGCUUAUAAUGAAGGUACAUCUACAAGAUGUUCUUCAGUUGUUCAAGUUCUUUUGUGUUUUGUGGACCUAUGGUUCAAGCCUUUCGAAUCCACUGAACUGCACUGUAAAGUCACAACUGCAGACUCAAGCUCUUUACAUAGGCUCUGUGAUGCUUGCUUCUCAGAACACACAGUAUAAACAGAAGCUGGCAUCCACUGCUUCUCCAGUGGUGACGUCUCUACUCCUCAAUCUGGGAAGCCCUAUCAAAGAAGUCCGUAGAGCUGCUGUGCAGUGUCUCCAGGCCCUCAGUGGAGUAGCCUCGAACUUUCAGCUGCUGAUAGAUCACCUGGUUCCUAAGGCAGAGGAGAUCACAUCAGAUGCUACCUAUGUGGUUCAGGAUUUGGCUACGUUAUUUGAUGAACUACAAAGAGAAGAGAAACGGAAAUCACAUCAGAAGUUGUCUGAAACCCUGAGAAGCCUUCUUCAUUGCAUGUAUGGCUGCCCAUCGUACAUUGCAAAAGACUUGAUGAAAGUACUUCAAGAUGUGAACAGUGAGAUGGUGCUUGCCCAGCUGUUGCCUAUGGUGGAACAACUCUUAGAGAAGGUGGAGAAGGAGCCCACAGCUGUACUGAAAGAUGAGGCCAUUGUUUUGCAUCUCACUCUGGGAAAAUACAAUGAGCAUUCAGCUUCCCUUUUACAUAAAGACCCAAAGAGUCUAGACCUGUUCAUAAAAGCCGUGCACACAACAAAGGAGCUUCACCCAGGAAUGCCAACUACUCAGAUCUCUGCGCUUGAAAAGAUUACAAAGCCAUUUUUUGCAGCCAUAUCAGAUGGAAAGGUUCAGCAGAAGCUUCUGUGCAUGUUGUUUGACUUGUUGGUGAACUGCAAAAACUCAAAGUGUGUUCAGAUGGUUGGCAGUGUUUUUAAAGGGAUUUCUGUUGAUGCUGAACAAGUCAGAAUAGAACUGGAGCCACGAGAUAAAGCUAAAUCUUUGGGCACAAUUCAGCAAACCAGAAGGCAGAAAAUGCAACAGAAAAAAUCACAAGAUGUAGAGUCUGUCCAAGAAGCUGAGGGCCCAUACUGGCAAAGAGUCACCCUCAUCCUGGAGUUACUGCAGCACAAAAAGAAGCUCAAAGGCCCUCAGAUACUUAUCCCAAGUCUUUUUAACUUGCUGUCAAGGUGUUUAGAACCUUUGUCAUCAGAGCAGGGGAACAUGGAGUAUACUAAGCAAUUAAUUCUGAGUUGUUUGCUCAACAUCUGCCAAAAACUCUCCCCAGAUGGUGGCAGAAUACCUAAAGAUGUCGUAGAUGAGGAGAAGUUCAAUGUGGAGUUGAUAGUGCAGUGUAUCCGCCUCUCGGAGAUGCCGCAGACUCACCACCAUGCCCUUCUACUUUUGGGUACUGUUGCUGGAAUAUUUCCGGAUAAAGUUCUUCACAAUAUUAUGUCUAUUUUUACAUUCAUGGGAGCCAAUGUCAUGCGCCUAGAUGAUGCUUAUAGUUUUCAAGUUAUUAGCAACACGGUGAAAAUGGUCAUUCCAGCACUUAUUCAGUCUGAUAAUGGAGACUCUAUAGAAGUCACUAGAAAUGUCGAAGAGACUGUGGUGAAGAUCACCGGUGUGUUUGUGGAUGCACUUCCACACGUGCCAGAGCAUAGGCGCCUGCCUAUUCUUGUUCAGCUUGUCGACACACUAGGUGCAGAAAAAUUCCUAUGGAUUCUCCUCGCCUUGCUUUUUGAACAGUAUGUCACUAAAACAGUGCUGGUGGCUGCCUACGGAGAAAAGGAUGCUAUUUUAGAGGCAGAUACUGAGUUCUGGAUUUCAGUCUGUUGUGAAUUCAGUGUCCAAUAUCAGGUCCAGAGCUUGAUGCAUAUCCUCCAGUACCUGGAAAAGCUGCCAGAGGAAAAGGAAGAAACCACUUCCAAAACAGUGUCUAAUAAGAAUGAAGUACAAGAUGAAAUGUUAGAAGUUUUUAAGGUGGACGCUCAUACAAGCAAACAGCUCCGGCAUUUUAAGUAUUUGUCAGUGUCCUUCAUGGCCCAACUCCUUGCUUCCAAUCACUUCCUCAAAAAGGUGGUGGAAAGCGGUGGUCCUAAGGUCCUACAUGGCCUUGAACAGAGGUUGCUGGAAACAGUUCUCGGCUACAUUAACACAGUAGCACAGUCCGUGGAAAAGAAUGCAGACAAACUGACUGUGAAGUUUUGGCGAGCCCUGCUCAGCAAAGCUUACGACAUGCUCGAUAAGGUCAAUGCCUUGCUGCCCACAGAAACAUUCAUCUCUGUGGUUAGAGGGCUGGUGGGCAACCCCCUGCCAUCUGUCCGUAGGAAAGCUUUGGAUCUUUUGAAUAACAAGCUACAGCACCACACAUUCUGGAAAAGGAAAAUGGUUCAUCGCUUUCUAAAACUGGUUCCAGUGCUUCUGGCCAUUGUGCAACAUAAGAAAAAGGAGGAGGAAGAUGAACAAGCAAUUAACAGACAGACAGCGCUGUACACCCUAAAACUCCUAUGCAAGAAUUUCGGAGCGCAAAACCGAGAGCCUUUCAUACCAGUUCUGAGCACUGCAGUAAAGCUGAUAGACCCGGAGAAAAAGGAGGAGAAAAAUGUCCUGGGAAGCGCACUGCUAUGUAUAGCAGAGGUGACCUCUACUCUGGAAGCGCUGGCCAUCCCUCAGCUACCCAGCCUGAUGCCAUCACUGCUGACAGCCUUGAAGAGCACCAGUGAGUUGGUCCACAGCGAGAUCUGCCUGCUCAGUGCCCUGACUGCCCUGCACAAAGUUGUUGAGACUCUCCCACACUUCAUCAGUCCCUAUCUGGAAGGACUUCUGACCCAGGUGAUCCACCUAGAGAAAAUCACUAGCAAAAUGGGUUCUGCCUCACAAGCUAACAUCCGCCUGGCAUCUCUUAAAAAGACCUUGGCCACCGGACUCUCACCUCGAGUCCUACUGCCAGCCAUAAGCAAGACUUUCAAGCAGAUCCAGAAGAACUGGAAGAAUCACAUGGCCCCAUUUAUGAGCAUCUUGCAAGAGCACAUCGGAGUGAUGAAGAAGGAAGAGCUCCUGUCUCACCAAUCUCAGCUGACCACCUUUUUCCUGGAAGCACUGGACUUCCGGGCACAGCACUCAGAGGAUGACCUAGAGGAAGUUGGGAAAACAGAAAGUGGUAUCAUUGACUGUCUAGUGGCCAUGGUGGUGAAGCUCUCUGAGGUCACAUUCAGGCCUCUCUUCUUCAAGCUAUUUGAUUGGGCCAAGACAGAAGAUGCCCCGAAGGACAGGCUGUUGACAUUUUACAAUGUGGCCAACUGCAUUGCUGAUAAGUUAAAAGGCCUUUUUACUCUGUUUGCUGGCCAUUUGGUGAAACCUUUUGCUGACACCUUGAACCAAGUAAACAUCUCCAAAACAGAUGAAGCAUUUUUUGACUCCGAGCACGACCCUGAAAAGUGCUGCUUGUUGUUGGAAUUUAUUUUGAACUGCCUGUACAAGAUCUUCCUUUUUGACACCCAGAAUUUCUUGAGUAAAGAGAGAGCAGAAGCCUUGAUGAUGCCCCUGGUAGAUCAGCUGGAAAAUAGGCUUGGAGGAGAAGAGCAGUUUCAAGAACGGGUGACAAAGCACCUGGUGCCCUGCAUUGCACAGUUCUCCGUGGCCAUGGCAGAUGACUCCAUGUGGAAACCCCUUAACUACCAGAUCCUGCUUAAGACAAGAGACUCCUCCCCUAAGGUGAGGUUUGCAGCCUUGAUUACUGUCUUAGCACUGGCUGAAAAGCUGAGGGAGAAUUACAUUGUUCUGCUUCCAGAGUCCAUUCCUUUUCUAGCAGAAUUGAUGGAAGACGAAUGUGAAGAAGUGGAGCACCAGUGCCAGAAGACCAUCCAGCAGCUGGAGGCUGUGCUGGGGGAGCCGCUCCAGAGCUACUUCUGAAGCAGACAGCGUGUCACCGCAGUGUUAUGCUCUGUUAAGAGUUCAGAUUAUUCUCGCGUUUUAAUUGGAGGUGUGGUGCCAUGUUACUUUUGGUACUUUCACAUCUGCCGAUACUUAAUGUUUCUACAAAAUCCCUGCCUUUCUGGGCUACCACAGAGCCCUACUGCCUUUUGUACAGAAUUGCUAAGAAGUAAAUGGACAGUGUUUUUAUACAAA